AUGUCACGAUUUAUUUAUCACCUUACGUUAUUAUUAUCGGUAUUUUUGAUCUUUUUUGAAUCUACCUCAGCCCAGGUUACAACACUCAAUACACCUUCUGGUAGUAUUGCAGUAGGCGCUACUGUUACAAUCACUUGGGUAUAUACACCACAAACUAAUGCAAUCCCAGGAAUUUUAAGCUGUAUCGAUAGCACAACUCAAAACACAACCAUAAUUAGCAAUACAAUAAACCUUGCUUCACAAUCUUACCAAUGGACGGUUAAUGUUCCUGCGGGUACUUACUACCUUGCUCUCAAUGAUGGAUCUGCUCAAUCAGCUCCAGCUCCAGCUCAAGCUCCCGCCGCUUCUCAAGGUCCUGCUCAACCUCAAGCAUCUGCUAAAUCUACAUCCCCUAGUUCAGCUGCACCAAAAUCUAGUUCAGCACCAACAACACCAACCAAUGCUGCUGCAAGCUUCACUGGAUCAAGCAUUUCUGGAUACAAACUUCUAUUUAGCUUAAUUGUAGUAGCUGCAGUUAUG